UCACAUUGCCCAGAGGAUGUUCGGCUGUGAGUGGGAUGAUGAGACUGGAGAGGUCAAUGGUUUUCGUCAGGAUGGUUAUGAUGGAGAAGACUUCAUAUCAUUUGACCUGAAGACAGAGUCAUGGAUCGCUCCAAAACCACAGGCUGUCAUCACCAAACACAAGUGGGACAAUAACAAAGCUGAGAUAGCUCAGUAUAAACACUACCUGACUCAGAUUUGUCCUGAGUGGCUGAAGAAGUAUCUGAACUAUGGGAGGAGCUCUCUGCUGAGAACAGAGGUUCCCUCAGUGUCUCUCCUCCAGAAGUCUCCCUCCUCUCCAGUCAGCUGCCACGCUACAGGUUUCUACCCUGACAGAGCCAUGAUGUUCUGGAGGAAAGAUGGAGAGGAGCUUCAUGAGGAUGUGGACCUCGGAGAGAUCCUCCCCAACCACGAUGGAUCCUUCCAGAUGAGUGUUGACCUGGACCUUUCAUCAGUCCCAGCUGAAGACUGGAGGAGGUACGACUGUGUGUUUCAGCUCUAUGGUGUGGAGGACGACAUUGUCACCAAACUGGACAAAGCAGAGAUCAGGACCAACAGAGGUGAGACUUGA